UGGUGUGAGUCAAGGUCGAGUCACACACUGAUUUAAAGAACGCAAUGUUAUGUACUCUCCUACAGAGAUGAACACUACUACUACCGCCAUCAAAGCAGCGAUUUGCAGACCGCAAAGCUAUUGUUUUCUACUGAAAACUGCGUUUUUUCAUUCUACUCCCGUCUUAGAACGCAAACGUCGUUCUUCGGAAUCGGACGGUCUUUUCACAACAUGUAAAUCAAAUGCUCAAAAGAAGAAGAGAAGUAAGAAGUUUUUGAGGGAACAUCAAGAAGCAGUGCGUCGUGCUGUUGAACAACUUAAACAAGAAAGAGAAGAGGCCACCAAGAAAGCCAAAGAAGCCAGAGAAGCCGAACAAAAAAAGAAGUCUAGCAACUCUUGGAGAUCGCAAUAUAGAUUUUAUGAAGGAGGAGAAGAAGAUGAAGAAGAAGAAGAAGAAGAAGAAGAAGAAGAAGAGAUAAACGAAGAAGAAGAAGAAGGAGAAGGAGGAGGAGGAGAAGAAGAGGCAAAACAACAAGAUGAUGGCUAUAAUUCAAGAAAAUCAAGCGGCUCAGUGUCAGAGUCAAUCCAAUUCCAAGCUUCUCAUAGACAAACACUUGGUUUGAGUCCUUGGGGUCCCUUAAAACUAGAAGAUGUCAAACAUGCAUAUCGAACUUGUGCAUUAAAAUGGCAUCCAGAUCGUCAUGAGGACUCUACCAAGGCAGCAGCUGAAGAAAAGUUCAAGCUCUGCACUGUGGCUUAUCAAUCUUUACUCGAGAAGCUAGCAGUCAAAUAA